AUAUUACAAAGUGUUUACUGCAAAAUGUUUGCAGGAACUUACUAUUCUCAUCAAAACAAAUGCAUUAAACUGUAUUUGUUCUGUGGACUAUCGUAUCCCUUUACCACUAUAGCUGAAAACAUUGCAGUUUUAGAGAAUGUGUGGCUGUCAAGGAGUGUGUGUGUUUGUCUGUCAGAGUGUGUGUUUGUCUGUGUUAAGGUUUGUGUAUGUGUCACUGUGUGCAUCUAAGUGUGUGUGUAUGUGCCAGUAUGUAUCAGUGUGUUUGUAUGUGCCUGUGUGUGUGUAUCUGAGUGCCAGAUACAUAUACACGCUGACUCAGAGAUACACUUACUGGUGCAUACAAACACAGAUAUACACACCGAUGUUAAUACACUAUGUCAAAGGGUUCCAAGGGAAAAAUUAAUUGGGAACCCCUGCAGUAAAGUAAUACUUGCUGAUAUUAUUCUUGUUUUUAUUGCAUUGAUCUCCAUGCUGUGCUUUACCUCCCUGGUUGAGCCUCUGUGACCUUAACCAAUCCGCGACUUCCCUAUGGGCACGGCACGCGGUGCAAAAUCAAAGGCUCUCAGUGAGUGGUUUUGAGACAUAAUAACAGAUCACCGGAAGUGGCGGUCUUCCUGAUAGCCAAUAGAGGCAUGUUAACCCUGCAGUAAAAACAAAAACAAACAAAAAAAACACAGCAAAAAAGAAAUGGGCAUGGCACCCAGACCUCUUAACUUAGAUGGGUUGGUCUGGGGUACCAAAAGAUUCCCUUUUUGGCUACAGCAAGAGAGGGGAGUUGUAACUCAGCACCACCAUCCAUGAUAAAAUUCCAAGCAGAUGCUAAGAAUCAAAAUGAGAGUUACACACAACCUGCCAGAGGUCAGUGAAGAAGCUGGACGUUCUACCAUCCUGAACCAAGUCCAGACUUGCCAGAAGUCAACAUGGCGGCGGAGGCUUCCAGUCUCCACUUCUUCCUUAUUGUCUAUGUUUAGCCCUUAGUAGAGGUGUGUCCUAGCUGGUGUCUCAUUGGAGGAGGAGGGGGGUAAUCCUGCUAUAGCCGCUGUUACCCGAGACCCAUAGCAUAACCUGCUGUCGCUCCUCUGGCUGCUUUAGCUGUGACCACCUCGCCCCUGCCAGCGAGCAACAUGCCGAACAUCAAGAUCUUCAGCGGCAGCUCCCAUCAGGACUUAUCGCAGAAGAUAUCCGACAGGCUGGGGCUGGAGAUGGGCCGUGUGGUAACGAAGAAAUUCAGCAACCAGGAGACCUGGUGAGUAAAAGCACGGCGCAUUCAACAACGCGACCGCCUCUGCCUGCGCUACAGGCGGUCAUUUAGCGGCCACUUGUAGUUGCGGGCUUGAUGGCGCAGCGGUACCUCUCGCGGAUGAAAAGGGAAGAGGAGAGAGAGCGGGUAGCUAGAAGCUGGACGCGCACGUGUUGCCGGGAAUUGUAGUUCGGGAAACGGCUUGCCGCCUGUGCGUGCAACGUCGGAAAAACUACAAGUCCCUGUGUGCACUUUUGCAAGUAGCUUUCAUGUACUGAGAAACACGUGGGAGAGGGUGAUUUAACAGUCUUGGUGGGUGGGGGGAAGGUUAGUCAGGAGUUGUGGAUUCUCUCCAACCUGAGCUUUGUAUUUCAUCCAAAUCCAUGUACUACUAGAUUAACAAAUUGUUGUUAAAGACAGGGGCAGUUUGAUUAUAGGUCAAAAACUACCUACUAAGCCCUCAGUGAAUACUUUUCUAACAACUUACUUUUACCCUUUGUGUCACUUUACCCCACUCCCUCUAGCAUGUAAGCUCAUUGAGCAGGGCCCUCCACCCCUCUGUUCCUGUACGUCAAGUUGUCUGGUUACAAUUACAUAUCUGUUAGUCCACCCAUUGUACAGCGCUACGGAAUCUGAUGGCGCUAUAUAAAUAAUAAAAUAAUGUCUGUUGAACCAUGAUUUGCCUCUUUAAGUAUUAUGUCGUGCUCAGGAUAGCAGUGAUUUCAUUUCACAUCAUAUGUUUGUAUAUAGAACACAAUUUAAUACAAAUAAAAUAUAAAAAAAAAGUAUAAAAAAUUAUUUUCCAAAUUCUGCACGGAAUUUACUGCAAUAAUAUAAACACAUUUGUGUUCAGUGAUGUCUCACAAGUAAAACCGUACCCCCUAUGUAUAUGUUUCGUGGUGUUUUGGAAAGUUGCAGAUUCAAAUAAAGAGCCUGCUCAUUUCAGUUUUAACACAUUGAAGUUUGCUAGGUCUAUGUUGUCUUUGAGACGCUGUGCAGCCCAUGAAUGGAAAUUACCCCCAUCAUGGCAUACCAUUUGUAAGAGUAGAAAACCCAGGAUAUUUAAAAUGGGCUAUGGCCAGUCCUUUUUUUUUUUUUUAAGUAGUAGCCAUUUAGUCGCAAACCAAAGUUAGUGCUAAUAUUUGUUUUCUUAAUUUUUCACAAAAACGUUACCAUUUUACCAAUGAUAUCCCCAUUAUAUGUUUUACUGCUCUAAAACACUCCUAUUUAAGUUCAUCAAUGUCUCACAAGUAGAACGGUACCUCUCGUGUAGGGAUUUUGUACAGGUCAGAUAUAGGGCUUGCAAAUUAAUUUUUCUGGACUUGCUGCCUGGGUUGUCAGGCUGGUCCCUCAAUAUAUAAUUAAUACAAUCACAUGAUUAUUUAAAAAAUCUUACUUAAAUAUACACGUGGAAUUAAUAAAUAUAUAUGUAUAUACAUUAUUAUUUAUUUUUAAAAUAAUUUUAACUUGGGGGACUGCCAGACAACCAGUGUAAAGUGUGAUUAUGAUGUCAUUGCGCUCACAUGGCCCGGAAGGGACAAGUUUGCCUUAACAGCGUAAAAGCACUGCUUUUGCUGGGUGGCUUAGUAAGGGGUUAAUUGAGACAUCAGAAGGAAAUACAUUUUAUCCAGCUAGAUUCACUUGCUAUCGUGCAAAUGAGUGAUAAUUUGAGUACUAUUUGCCUGUUGGAUUGAAUGUUAUAAUAUCCCCAACCUGCUUCCAGUGGGCAAAUAGUUUGGGUUUUUAAAAUACGGUCGUGGAUUUUAAACAUUUAGCCCGAAUUUCGGCAUCCAUCACUGUUCGAAAUCUGGACCGUAUUGCAAAAUCCAGACUUUGUUAAAUUUCAUGAAUUAUGUCUGUAUUUUGCAGUCUCAGAGGCCCCAUUUGGUAUUGAACUAUUUUGACUUUAGUAAGUUACACACACAUCUAUUUUCAAUGUUGGAUUGCAGUCCAAAUGCCCCUAUGUGCAACUAGAUGUAUUAUCCUGUUAGUAGUAGUAGUAGUAGUAGUAGUAGUAAGGGGGAUUUUUUUAUUUAUUUUUUUAGCCCCUCAGCCUUUUAUGCAUCUGUUUUGGCCGUUGAGCCAAAAGAAGGCAUAAAUCACAAUUUGAAAUUAUAAAGCAACUUCCAAUUAUGUCUAUAAUCUUCUAGACUCCAAAAAUAGAAUUCCUUUUUAAUUCUAUAAAGUUGUUUUUAUAGAAGCAAAUACAUUUUUAUUUUUUUUCAUAUUUAAAUACUAGAAAUAAUGACCUGAUACAGUUAUGUCUCUAAUUUUCAACUAUGUCCUGGUCAUCUUUAUCUCUUUAAUAUUUUCAGCACUGGGAGUGUUCGAUUUACAUGUAUGAUGUGACUAAUUGGCUUUUGUGGUUGCAGUGUGGAAAUUGGCGAGAGUGUACGUGGAGAAGAUGUUUACAUAGUGCAGAGCGGUUGUGGAGAGAUAAAUGACAACUUAAUGGAACUUCUCAUCAUGAUCAAUGCUUGCAAGAUAGCUUCAGCUUGCCGUGUCACAGCUGUAAUUCCAUGUUUUCCAUAUGCUCGGCAGGACAAAAAAGACAAGGUGAAAGCUUUUUAAAAAGAAAAUUCCUGUCACAUUUGUACUAAUAGUUUAUAGUGAGACUAUUAUCUUUUGUUGUAUUGCAAUAUGUUUGUCUUGUUCAUCUAUUGUACAAUGCUGCAGCAUAUGUUGAUGCUAAAUAAGUCAUUGUAAUUGAUUAUUAAUAAAGUGAGAUUUGUAUUGGAUUUCAAAUUUAAGGCCAAAAUGGCUCAAGUGGAAGCAUAGUUCAGCUCUUCUGACUUUAAACUAGAGAUUAUCAACCAUUCUCACUCUAGUGAAUACUCUUAUACAAUUUGUAUUUGCUCAAUCUAAAGUAAUAACUUGCAAGAGGCCCUAAAAACCUCUCAUUUACUUAAAAGCCAGGCAGGAAUUUUAAGAAGAUUAGGUUAUUGGCUAAGGGAAAAGUUUUCUCUAGGUCUAAAAUCCUAUGCAUACAAAUCAGCCUUGUUAAAGGAUCACUAUAGGGUCAGGAACACAAACAUGUAUUCCUGACCGUAUAGUGUUAAAACCACCAUCUAGCCCCCCUGGGCAUAUCAUGCCUCCAUAAAUAUAGCAAAAUCUUACUGUAUUCAAGCCUGAAGCUGUAAUUCUGCAUGCUGUUUGCCUCAGAAAAACAAACAGUCUGCUGACCUCCUCAGAAGUGGUAGUCUGAUCCAAUCACAAUGCUUCCCCAUAGGAUUGGCUGAGACUGACAGAUGCAGAUCAGGGGCAUGAUUCAAGCACAGCCCUGGCCAAUCAGCAUUUUCUUAUAGAGAUGAAUUGAAUCAAUGAAUCUCUAUGAGGAAAGUUCAGUGUCUGCAUGCAGAGGGUGGAGAUACUGAAUGUUUGGAUGCAUUUUAGGCAGUCAUGACCCAGGAAGGAUCUCUAACAGCCAUCUGAGGAGUGGCCAGUGAAGUUAUCACUAGGCUGUAAUGUAAACACUGCAUUUUCUCUGAAAAGACAGUGUUUACAGCAAAAAGCCUGAAGGUAAUGAUUCUAUUCACCAGAACAAAUUCAAUAAGCUGUAGUUGUUCUAGUGACUAUAGUAUCCCUUUUAAGUAUUUUUCCACAACACCACUGGUAAGCCAGAGAACAUUUUCCCUAACAUUCUAGCUGAUGCAACAUGAAAAUCUCACCACACACCAGAUGAGACGUUUUCCACAUUUCUGUUUUACCUGAAUAGAAAAUAAAAUACAUAUCAACGAGUAGACUUUUUUUUUAAAUAUAUAUAUAUAUAUAUAAAAUUUUUUAAUUACAUGUAGUAGUUGCCAAGAGACCAAGACCCAAUCCCUGCAGUCUGACCAAUGUAACAAAAUUGUCUGAAAUGGUUCCUGUUUCUACCAGGGGUUGCAGGGAUGGAGCGCAAUACGCACAGAGGAAGUUACGAACUUUCUCAAGUACAGAUCUGGACUCUGCCCAACUGCUACAGGCAUUAGUUGAUUGGACAAUGCUCAUGGGGCCACCUGUUCCGGGAAACGAACUGAAUCUGCUUUGAGUUUGUCUAUCACUGUCACUUUGAGUCCAGAAUACCUAGUGUUUGGUGGAGUUCUCCUCCUAUGUACUAUUUUGUGAUGUCAGUAUGUCUCUGUGACGAUCUGAACCUCGUCACUGGCCAGCAGGCUCCUCCAAGAACCAGCCUCUUGCCCUGUGACUAUGGCCUCUGCAAUAGGCCUGGCUGAAAUACUUUAAAAAGGCUCUGUUCAUGUUAAGUAUGUACUUUUGGACUCCAGACAGAGAGACCGACCAUUAGCACUAAUUCUCUAGAACUGUUUUGGGCAUGGGACCAUGUGCACGGUCGGUCAAAAAAACGACUUCCAGAAAAAUCCUGAAACCUAAACUGAUCUGGGUGAUUUUUGGAUAUGUUGGUCACACAGAUCAGGGCUAUGUGUUUUUUUUUUUUGUUUUUUUUUUUCUGUGCUUGGAGAUAAUUGGAUUAGAAUUAGUACAGUUGUUUUAGACCAAACCAAGUGUUUGUUUGAGUAGUUGCCCCUGUCCAGAUUUCAAAGUAUAAAUGCGUGCACGCCGAAGAAAUCACACUGACAACAGAAUCGGUUAAAUGACAGCUUCGAGGAAUGUUUACUUAGGGGGCGGCAAGCCCCUUAUAAAGGCAAAAAUACAUCAUAUGCUAAAUAUGGGAGGACAUGAAAUGUACAUUUUAAUUGGUAUUUGUUUAAGUGUUUUAUCUUGAUGGAAUUCCUACAGGGUGUGAGGUCAUCAGCAUCCUGGGUGCAGCUCCGGAUGGAGACGCCAUCUUGUUACAUGAAAUUCUUUUGUCGAUGGGAGCGGGUGCUCUAGUGGCCAUUUUGAGUAGUGAAUGAACACUGGUACAUAUAGUAAAUAGACAUUUUACUAACAUUAAUUUCUAUCCAUCACACAUUUGCUGAUCCAAUUUAUCUCCUAGGCAGGGAGGAGGGAUUGUAUUGUUUGUUAUGGGAGUGUCGGGCAUUUAAUCACUGUUCUUAUUGGUCUGUGUCUUUGUGUUGGAGUCCCAAACAAGGUCCAUGUGGGCAUACCACUUGCAUGGGGAUUGUCAUAAAAGGCCAAGUGUGGCUCCCAUUAAAGAGAGCUUUGUUUACCCCUUCAUGAAGUCUUGGCUCAUGUUUGGGGGAUUGGAGAACUAUAUUCACUUUUAGGAUUGCUAUAUCACAAUACUCCCUGAGUAUAAUCACUAAGCUCUUGUAAAAUCUGUUUCUGCUACACUCUUUGAAUUAGGAGAGGUCUACCCACUGGAAGCUGGAUCCUGGUCUUGGGUCCAGGGUGGGUGGAGGACAGAGAGAUCCUACGGAGUCUACGGUGGUUAUGGUGUUCCAGUAAAGUGCACAUGGUGCUCGCAAGUACUAGGAAGCAGCGUUUGAAGGCGGUACCCGGUUGGGGUGCCAGGCAGUCCGUCACAGUCUAGAUGUUUUAUUUCUUUUUGUUUCUCGCUGACUCACAUGCAUAAUCUCUAUUACGAAGUCUCAUCUUACUUUCAGUUACUUGUUGAUGUGUUCUCACAUGUGCUUAAGUCUGUUUUACUUAUGGUACGAAAAAAACAAACGUUGCAAUAAUCUUGACAUGUACUGAUCUCAUCUCAUGAUAACCUUUUUAUUGCAGUUGUAUCCUUACUUGCAAGUUGUACUUUGAACAACAAAAUAAAGAAUGGGGAAAAAAGUUCAGGAAGUAAAAGGGGAAUUUGCAUCCACAAAUAUACAUUCAAGCAAUGCAGUUAUUUCUAAUAUCAAUUCUGAUAUCAAAAAAUGCAUUUCCAAGGUAAAACAGUAACAAGUGGCCUGUGACAGCUAUCUACUGACAGCUUCCUAGCUGAUUCACUGUGAUCGAUGCUGCGCAGCUGGCAAUCAACUUGAGGACAGGCCUUCAUCCCAGAAACACUGCGGCUAUAUGUGAUCGCUUAGCCGUGUCUUCUGAGCAGAGUUAAAGGACUGUAUUCAUCCCUCACUAAAAAUGGCCCCAUCAGACAGAGAGGAGACCCUGUCACUUACUGAUCACUCUGUUUUCUGGUGUGAGCAGGGAUUUAACCCUACCAAAACUGCAGUACGCCUUAACAGUAAUAAAGCCCACUAUAGUUAGGACACAAUUGCACAUCAAAGUGUUAAUCAGAUGGAUAUUCUUUUAUAUAUUAUUGACCAAAAAUAAUACUUUUCGAGUGUGUGCUUCACAUGGAAUAGGAGUUUAGUUAACUAAUCACUAUUUCAAGAGGCAUUCAUUUUGAAUGUCAAAAUAUUUUUUUUUUUAAAUUUUUUUUUUUUUUAUUUACUAUUAGUCACAUUUUACAAUCCAUUCCAUUUAUAGAAUUUCAAGGAUUGGUGCUGUUUAAUUCCACUAGGUCUUUUUCUACCCCCCCCAAAAAAAUAAAAAAAUAAGGAUUGCUUUUCACCUCCAUCUGAUUAAAAUAAGAGACCUGUACAUUUGUGAAUUUAGUGUGCAUAGCAAAAGUUGGUCUGCAUCUCUGUUCUUCCAAAUUUGUGUUGUAAUACAAAUCCGUGAAUCCCUUACAUGGAGUAGUGAGUACAUGAAUGGUGAAAGUAUCGCGUGAAUCCUCAUACCAAGAGAUGUUCGAAUUUAGAACUCCUGGCAAUUCUCACUUUAGUGAAUAAUCCCUAUUGUUUUUUCUUAGAAUACUAAAACACUUUAGCUUACAUAAGUGCUUUAUGUGUGUGCUCUUCCUCUUUUUUAAUUUACAAUCAAUUCAAUAGAUAAUGGCACUUUUAUAAAUUACCCUAGUAACACCCCCUUGCCUGUCAAUCAGGCAACUGUUUCUGUGUGGUGUGUUUUUUGUUUUUUCGUCUGCUUCUUAUUGAGUAAAUUCAGAUGUCUUUAAAUGGACAGCCGCAUAAGGUCUGGCCUGAUUUAGAAGGGGAGAGCUUGCAAAGGCUGCAGACAAAAGAUCUGCAGCUUUUUGUGAGCCGUGCUUAGAUCUACCCCCAAUCAAAAAAGUGCAUGUUUGAGUUAUAUCUACUUGUUUAUUUUAUAAAGGGUUAUUGAGUGAGUCUUUUAAUUUAUAGUCGAAUGAAUGGGGGCUUAGAUAAUAGUGAAACAUGCGUCAUAGCUAGAAUUGCUGCAAAAGCUAGUUAUAGUAGAUUAUUUAUACAUUGAGGAAAAGGAAACCAAAAAUAAGUUGAGAACUUUUUGUACAAUUUUACAGGUUAGUGAAUAGUGGCAAGUAGUCAUCCUCAUGGUCGCACAGGUGACUUGGGUGGGUCGGGAGCGCAGCGGAGUUAACUUUUUUUUUCUAUCCUCUCUCCUCUAUUCUCUCCCUAUCUCAGUCUAAUAUACAAAUUAUUUGUGCUCCAUAUAAUGGUUUUACACACCCAUUGACAUUAUAUGCUUUUGUUAAUACUCUAUUCGUUGCUAAUGACCAACACUAAUCUCUGAAUUCCUCUUGAUUACUUUUAUGUUGUAACCUUUACAAAACAGUUAAAUAAAAUACAGCUCUACAAAAAACGUCAACAAUGCUCAUCCAUAUGAUAAAUACAGCUGUGCCCAUAGUUUUCGUUUUGUAGCCAGGCCUUUUACAAGCUGGUGUUCUAGUGGAUUGUUUUGUUUUCUAUAUAGAGUGGUUCACAUUCAUUCAUUAUCCAUUUUCAUGGUUUCUGUAUCAUUAGUUGUUGUUUUUCUUCAUUCCAGUCUCGAGCUCCAAUCUCUGCUAAGCUUGUUGCUAACAUGCUGUCCGUGGCAGGCGCUGACCACAUCAUUACAAUGGACCUUCACGCAUCCCAGAUACAGGUUAAAUGCUCUAUUUAGUACAUUUUACUUAGUUGGCAUUGAAGCACUUCAGUUUCAAUCAUGGGAGGGAAGGAAUUUAAGAAAGAUUGUUGAUGAUGUGCAAUUAUACUUUCUUACAAAUUUUUCGUGUAACUUCUAGGGUUUCUUCGAUAUUCCUGUGGAUAAUCUGUAUGCAGAACCAGCUGUCUUAAAAUGGAUUCGAGAGAAUAUCCCAGAAUGGAAAACAUGUACAAUAGUGUCACCAGAUGCUGGAGGAGCAAAAAGGUGAGCUUGUCAAACUAUGUAGCCUUCUACAAGUAGGGUUUGUAGGGUAAAAUGCAAAACAAACAGAUCCAAAUGGCACGGUCACAAGAUGAUGGCAAGAUUACAAUGGUUUGGUUGCCUCUUCCAUUGUCCUCUGUACAAGAAAUACCAAAAGGGAGUGCCUUUUCUUACCUCCAUGGUCCCUUUUUAAGACAUGUUAGUUUACCUUUUUUGUAUCAUAUCUUGUUGUGCAAAAAACAAAGACCAUAUUGACUGUAUUCAAUGGGGAAAAAAGUCCACAUAACUCCACCAGUCACAAAGUACUAAUUAAAGAGACCCUAUAGUCACCAGAACCAGUACAGCUUAAUGUAGUGGUUCUGGUGUCUACAGCAUGUCCCUGCAGCUGAGCAAUGAAAAUUCUGCCUUUUCAGAGAAAAAGCCGUGUUUACAUUGAUGCCUAGUGGCAGUCACUCAGACCGCUAAGAGAGGUGCUUCUUAUGUACGUUCUGCAUUGAAACACUGAUAUAUUUAUAUUGUUGGACAACAACCCCCCCCGUCCCUUCCACCCGAAGUAAGAAGUUAUUUUACGUAUCUUUUCUCCGUCACCCUGCUGGUCUCACCUCUAUGGAUGAUUUUAGCCAAUCCAAUGCUUUCUCUUAGGAAAUCAGUAUCUUUUCAUAGGGAUGUGUUGAAUCAAAGCAUCUCUAUGAGAAGUGUUCAGUGUGUAUCUAUAUAUUUAUAUCUAUAUCUAUCUUGAGGAAGACCCGCUGGGGUUCAAAUAUCGAUCGGGACAAAAUGUAUGCAAUAAUUUGAAUAAACCACAUUGAACAGACCUGGAGAGAGAGAGAGAGAGAGAGAGAGUGUGUGUGUGUGUGUGUGUGUGUGUGUGUGUGUGUAUAUAUGUAUGUAUAUAUAAUAUAUAUAUAUUAAUAUAUAUAUAUUCUCUCUAUCUGCACACCAGUCAAACCAUAAGACUUGCUUUUCCGACAGAAAUCACAAAUUUGCAGUGAUGUUACUACUGCAAAGGAUUCUGGGUGGGCAUAUGCAAAUUAGUUUAACAAAUAAUUAAAUUUUUGUCUCCUUCCAUUUUAAACACGGAUUCCUUUAAAGUCUGUGUUUGCUGUAUACAACAGCUUUGAAACACAACGUAGGAAAAGAUGCAAAGCCAGUGAACCACUCAUUGACAGCUGUUUCAUUGUUAAUGCAAAUCAUCAGCAUGAGGUUGUGAUUGAAAACCCCUUCCACCGGAAGUCUGUGGAUAGUUAAUACAGUAAUAUUUAGUGUCCCUUUAACUUUUGCAUCUGAGAAAAUAACCUUAUUGACUGGUUUGAAUAUGUAUAACUUGGCAUCAGUUCAAUUUAUAUAAAUCACAAAAACAUAUAAGAACCUAGUUCUCUCGCUGAGUAUCAAAAGUGUUCUUUUGAGUGUUGAGUCAGGUGAAUGUGCAUGAUUUUAGCUAGAUUUUCUAUUUCCUCAGUUUCAUCUCAUAAGAAGUUAAGCCUGUCUCACAUACCUUUUGGCAUGUUGGAUGCGCUCUAAAAUCAGUCCCUCAGCCAAAAGGCAAAUAUAUUGAAAUCGGUGCAAUUACACACUAGCUGUAAAAAGCCUGAAAGACCAAGUCCACGUAGUAAUAAGUGUGUAUAAUAGCAAAAUUUCUCAUUGAAAUUUACUUUGGAAACAAAAUAAAUCUGUGUAAUAAUUUGAGUUACAUGUAUUAUGUAAUCUGUGUAUUGAAUUUUGGAAUAACAAACGUUUUCUCAUGGGGGGGGAAACACAUUUUGAAUUGAUCGCCUCUUGUUUUCCCUACAAUUUCUCAUAGUCUACUACUCUUGUGGAACAGUUAAAAUAAAGGUUUUUGUAAAUUCUCUCGUCUCGUUUAAAAAAAAAAAAAAAAAAAAUUUUUAUUAGGGUGACAUCCAUUGCUGAUCGUCUGAAUGUUGACUUUGCCCUGAUUCACAAGGAAAGGAAAAAAGCCAAUGAAGUGGAUCGCAUGGUGCUUGUUGGGGACGUGAAAGAUAAAGUAGCUAUUCUUGUUGAUGACAUGGCUGAUACCUGUGGAACAAUUUGUCAUGCUGCAGAAAAGUAAGUGAUCAAGAAAAUAGUGACAUUGUCAGGGUUAUUCGCUGUGUAUUUAAAGCAAAUUUUAAAUUUAAGUUUAAAAUAACUGACCCAGAAAAUAUUCUCUAAAUCAGAUUCUCACUUCAGUGAAUAUGUUUUCAAUGCAUAAAGUAUCCCAACAUACCAGUGAGUUGUGGCUCUAAAUUUCUAAAAACUAGAUGUUUUAAACCCUAGAUCUAUACACUCACUCCAUGCUCAGUAUUUAAAAAAAAAAAAAAAAAAAAAAACACACAGGAAAAUCUCUGCAUUCCUCCUGUCUGCCUGUCACUGUUUAAAAGACAGGUAGCACUUUUCAUGUCUAGUUUCUUUGAAAGAUGGUGAGUGGUGUCACAGGGGCUUCUUUCCAUACUAGUAUUUUUUUACAUUUGUGUGCCUAUUAUUUCUAUUCUUUAGUGUGUCUGUAAACACUAAGAACAUUGUGUUCCAUCUAUAGGUGUCCACAAUUGCAGGGUUUUAAAUUUCAAGUUCAAAGCUAUAAGCCAGGCCUAAUAUAUUACUCACCACUUCAAGCCGUGUAAUACCCACCAGGGGUUAAUUUCUACUGUGGGCAAACUUUUCAUUUGCUGCUCGCUAGUGGUUGGUGGAAAUUUGAAGCCCCUUACUAAUGCAUGAAAAGGUGCCACAAAAGAGCAAGAAUGUAAACCAAUAUAUCACACAGAGUUUUUCUCUUUGUGAAAUUACACCAUAGUUAACAAUGCAUUCCUGUAUAAUUCUUGCACACUCAACCUGUGUAAAUAUACAACAAAUUGGCCAGAUGAGGAGCUGGCUGUUGUGUGUCAACACCUUGUCCUCUUUGCAAACUGUGGCUAAUUUUAGGUGGUUAUGUUUAUUUUUCCUUAAGAUUCUCUGUUGGCUAUAGCUAGUCCUAAUAACGUUGUGUUGCAUUCUCAGGAUUUCAAUGCAAAGUGUACUGCUGAGAACACACACUUUAAUUGCAUUCCAUUUUAAUUUUUCAACAAUUUAGUAGAUAAAUCCCCAUAUAAAACAUGCAGAAUUGAAAUGCAUGCAUGUUUUCUUUGGGGACGUAUGUAUAGUGCACCAAAUUCAUUACUGUUACAAUGUUGCUGCUGUAAAUACCUUUGCAAGGCAUCCCCUCUUUUCCCCGAGAUGGACUUUAAUUCAUUGCUGAGGAAUGCAUCAUUCAGAGGCUUCUUACUGUGUGCUUCUCGAUGAGCUGUAGUACAGCUCACUGAGAAGAGGGAAAGCCGGUAGGUGCAUGCCACUCCAGUGCGCCUGUCUUUCAUUGGCCACGAGGAGGUGUUCUAGUAAAGUUUUAUAUAACAAAAAAGUGGAAAUCGGCACUUUUUUGUAUAAACUGUAACAAAUUUGUCAGCACAGCAAGCUGAAGUACUUUGUGUUCCUUGAGUGUUCAUUUAAUUUUAAGUGGUGAUUGAAAGGGUUAAUGCUGUUCUGGACUCCACUCCCCUCGAUUCUCCGGUCACCACAAUCAAUAUUGAUGGAGAAUCAUUGUUAGCAAUAAAGACACAGGCACCACAAAUGUGCUUUAACAAGAUUCUCAGUGAGUAUAUUUUCAGGGCUAGCAUUUAUACACAGUUUGUCACACAAGCAGGGAGAUUUAUCUCUUCCUUAUAGUUAAUAGUACAUACUUGUCUGGCAUUAAAAGAUAAGCAUUUGAAUAAAGACUGGACAGGAACAUCCUGAGGUCGAGCAAGGUCGCACAUCCUCUAGAAGGAAGACCUUGGCACAAAAUACAUCUGCCAAAGUCAGCAUAAUUAUUUCAAACAUAAUUUUAAAGCAUAUAAAACAAAAAGAGUUUAACUAUUUCAUAUCCUUACAGUCAGCACUAAUUAUAAACCUUAUCUAAGCAUAAAAUACAUAUGAACAAGAAAAGUUAACUACUUCAUAUUCUUACAGUGAUGGUUGUUGUGCUGUGUGGUGUUUGUCAACAAAAACAAUCCCACAUCCAGGCGAUUGUAGCAUUUACAACAGCAAUAUCAUAACUGUUAUUAAUCUGGUGCAAUAUACACUUUAUCAAGACUAGAAGUUGAGUAUUGUGUGGGUUCUUAUUUAUUUAUAUAUAUUUUUGCACUUUGGGGGUUGCAACUCUACUUUUGGGGGAGUUGAAUGCACUUUUGCAUAGAACCCUCCCUCAUCAGAAAAGGGCUCUGCUAAACCGGAACCUCUCAUUUUGGUAAGUUUCAACUGAUCUUAUUUCAGUCCACACUAUAGUUCUGUUUCCAAUUAUGGUCUGAUCGUUUGGUAUUAGGUUGUUUAACACCAAGCCUGUGUUCCAUGUAUUACUUCAGAUGAAUGUAGCUACUUUUUUAACUAAUGCAGCUCUGCUAUGACCGAUGACAAUUGGUGCACAGUUGUGAACCGGGCAUUGUACAGGAAUCGGCGGAGCUGCAAAUGUGUUUAACUAGCCUCUCCUUGGGCACAUUUUGAACACCACUUGGUCAAAAUUUACUUAGGCCCAAAAGAUAGGAUUCAAAAAUCUCUUCUGUGUUGUAUUAAAAUAACGUUUUAAAAGUUGUUUUCAAUCAUUCCCGCGCAGUUUAACAUAAAACUAAGCUGUAACUAUCUUAAGUGAGGAUGCCUGCAAUGACUUGGCACUAUAGCCUCUUUAACGGUUAUAGCAAUUUGAGUUGUUGGAGUUUGACUGUGUUGGCUUACCCAACAUUUAGUUAAUCAGCUCCAUAGUAUCUUACAUCAUUAAGUUUCACUUUUUUUUUUUUUCCUCCAGACUCCUGUCAGCUGGAGCCACAAAGGUAUAUGCCAUCCUGACACAUGGUAUAUUUUCUGGUCCAGCCAUUUCUCGAAUUAAUAAUGCCUGUUUUGAAGCAGUAGUGGUAACCAACACAAUUCCACAAGAAGAAAAGAUAAAACAUUGUUCGAAGAUCCAGGUGGGUGUAUUUUUAAGUAUGCUUUCAGGUGCGAUGGGUAAUUAUAUUUUUACCUUAGUUAGCAAAGUGCAAAUAGUAGAAGUGUGUGUGUGUGUCUCUCUCUCUCUCUCUCUCUCUCUAUCUAUCUAUCUAUCUAUCUAUCUAUCUAAACAUGGUUUUAUAAUCCGAUCUGUUUUGUUAAUUAUAGCAGGUUGUAUCACAUCAAACAUCAUUAUCUGCAUGGCCUGUAUGUCUUGUACAUAAUCAAAUUCUACAAAAUGUUAACCGGGUAUACACUUAUCUUGUCCCAUUAGGCUGCCAAAGCUAGUCAACAGUCCAUUCAUCUAAGCUGGGGGAAAAUGUAAACUCUAAUUGUUGUCUUUGGCCAAACCAUGUAUGCAUAACAAGUAGCCUAUAUAUUGCUCUUUAGGCUCUAGUUCUUUAGAUCCAUUGUAACGUCACAGAUUAUAUCCAGGGUAUAUCAAGAUUGUUCUUCCUUAGAAACUGGUUCUGGGAAAGGGGAAGGGAACACUAUCAUGAAAUGCAAGAAAUCACUUUCAGGUAAGAACCCUGGAACUGGUCUUAGGGCAAUGGUAUUAGUUAGAAAUUGAUUAAACAGAGGCUCUUAUUAGAGAACCUGGAUUUCUUAGGGAAUUCAGGCUGAUGUAAUAUUAUCUGCCAUUCUGAAGAAGACUCAGGGAGCUCAACGGGAAAGUGUGAUGUUCCAUAAAGGUGCAAAUUUAAGAGGAUGAAUUCUCAUGAAUCUUUUGAUGACUGGAUCCACUGUACGUUGAAUAUUGGGAAUGGCUAAAUAUGUCAAAAGUGGAAUCUUUGGUGAGUGAACAAAGUUUUAUCUCAUUGAACAUCUCUGAAGUAUUUCCAGCAUAGUCUCUACCUUUCCAAGCCAUCAUGUGGAACAUUCCUGUGUUCUGCACAUGAUCUCCCAUGGUUCUGCAAUCUGUUACUUAUUUGUUUUCCUGAUUACUUAGAAUCGGUCAAAAGACGUAUCACAAGUGGAAUUUUUGAGAGCAAAGUGAAAGCAUGCCGAUCUAACUUUGAGUUGUAUCCUUGUAGGAAGAAUUUGAGGCUUAAUACUUCUUCUAAUGAUAAUCCUCAUGUAUAGUUUUUUUGUUUUUCUUCUUCUCCUGUUGCUUCACUACUUUAGGCUUAGUCUAACUUCUUUUGAGAUGAAAAUGUUUUGUUCUUCCUGAUAUAACUAAUGCAUGAAUUCUUAUACCUACUUGAUGUUCCGGGCCUAUUAGGGAGGAGGGGGCCCCAGUACACUUACGUACUCUGAGAGUUAAUCCUUUUCCUGUAAAGUGUUUUUAUAGCUGUUUGGCUAGAAGUCAAAAAAUACUUCCUAUAAUAAUAUCAAAGCUGUUCUGGUAUUUUUCAAAGGAAGAAUUGAUUCUUACUUUGGGUGAACAAGUCCACCAUGUUUUCUGUGACACAUAUGACCUAUACAUAUUGAUGGACAGCCCUAUAGUUUUAGAAUUCAGAAGAAUGUGCAUUAUAUUAAGCUAUUGGGCAAUGAAGAAUCAUGCAAUUAGGCAUUCUACAAUAAUACAGAAUAUGCAUUUUACACACUGCAGGGCCGCCCUUUUCAUGCGUUUUCAUAAAUAUGAGAAAUAUGUGUCCCUGUAAACAUGUUGGAUCUGGCCAGCCUGUCAUUUUACAAGCUCCUUUUGAAGUUCACCCCAGAUCCAAAGUGUACUCCUUUGCAGUGACUGUUUUAUUUACAAUCUGAAUAUCAUUGAGAUAAUGGUAUGUUUGUUGCUUUCUUGUAGAGAUGAUCAGCUAGAUGAGGACUUUUUAAGAUGUUCUAGGAACUGAAUUUGGCACAAAUUGGCAUCCUUGGAACUGUUGCAAAGCAUAGAUACUUGAAGUUCUUUUAAACAAUCUGUAUGUGAUGAUAAACUUCCAGACACUAACAAAUUAUGGAUCUGAGUAAGAAUGGGUGUGAGAUUUUCUGUCAUGAAGUCUAUUUCUAGAUGGACAUUUUCAGGUCCAAAAUCCAUUCUGGGGUUCUUUGCAGCCUUUAUGUCAAGAAUUAUUGGAGAAUCUAUUAUUCUGUAUUUCUUAUACUGGAACCAAUACAAUUUAUUGUUCUAAAAAAAUAUUUUGGAUGCAUUCUUUCAUUGUGUUAGCUUUACUCGGGGAGGAAAUGUUCCAGUGUUGGAUGUUUGUGAAGGCACAAAGGCAAGUUGUACCAUGCCAGCUUCAAAUAAUUUUAUCUGUCUUCCUCAGCCACGGGAGCAAAAUAGAAUGACAAAGUAUGAGGAUUUAGCAUAGGGCUUGGCAAACUGUAACUUCCCCGAUUUUGUAGAACUGCAGCGUCCAUGGUGCUUUGCCAUUCUACUUGGCGCGCCGUUUGUUUAGCAGGGGCCAUAUUUUGUGUUUGCCUGGGCACCUGUUUCUUAGGUGAAUGGCUUUUCUAUCUGCCUCCAUGCUUAUCUUGGCGAAAUUGGUCUGUGAUGACUAGAAAAUUUGGUUUUUUUUUUUUUAUUUAUUUAUUUUUUUAUCCAUGGUUGAACAGGCUUAAACAAAUCGGAUGCAUUUUAUUUGUGUGUGUGUGUGUCACAAAAUUGUGUAUCGGUACCCAAAGAAUCAUAACUAUUGUAGAUGGUAAUAAUCCUAAGGUUAAUUUUUUUUUUUUUUUUUUUAAAUGUAUUUUAUUUAAAUUGUCUAAAUACCCACCAGAGAGUGAAGCAUAAAGGACUAACAUGCAAUAUGUAAAAUGUCCACAAGGUGUCUACCUAAUCUCCAUGAAGAAAAUAGUGACGACAAUGUUAAAUGCAAUUGAGUAGGGACAUAGACAACCUAUUUGGUUAUAUAAUUUAAGGGACUCUAAUGCUAAUUUAGCUAUCCGUAGCUACAAUAUCUGACAACCAUAAAAUAAGUCUCAUAGAAGAACAUUUCUGCAUAAAGCUACGUACUUGAUGUGCACUUAUUGUAGCUGCUGUGUAAAGUUACUUAUCUUGUUCCAUGCCUGAAAAUAUUCAUACUUUCGAGACCUUUUUAUUUUCAAUACCUAAAGCAUUUAAUAGAAAUGGCAUGCAAGUGUCCGCUAUGUUAUCUAUAGUGAAACGUUCGAUUACCACAAAAUCUAGAUCACUUCUUGCGGAAGCUUCCAUAGCCAGUAGUCCUGUUAUUCAAGUAGUCUCCCAUUAAUCAUUCAUAUUAAAGGGACACUCCAUUGUUGUAAAAAAAUAAAGCUAUUUAGUUGAUAUACUCUCCCCUCCACCAACUUGAUUAUUUAAAAACAGCCAACAAAUUCUGCAGCACUGUUCAGUAGGUUGACUAAUAAACAAGUAGUCACCACUUCAGUGAAAAGUCUUUGGAAGGCAGAUGCUCUGAGCAAUUGUCUACUUCUUGAGUUUAGCUCCAAUGAGCUAAGCAACCAGGAAGUAACAGCACUGUUUGACUGCCGGAGAGCAUAACGAGAUUCAUUUAUGAAAGUGACCAUUUUUAUUUAAAUUAAUUGUGUGAAAUAAAAAAAAAAAGAGGGCACACUUUUCCCACAUAACACAUUUCAGCAAGCUGCUGAAAAAUAACAAGCUCCUUGUAUAUCAAACCACUCGAGGAGCCUAAGUUUAAAAAGUCCACUUUGGGGUGUACUUUUUUACUUAGCCACUUUGAGUGGUUUGAUCUACAAGGAGCUUGUUAUUUCUUUUUUCUUUUUAUUUGUAUUUUAUCUUCUGAUACCUUUUUUAUUAAAAUAAGUAUUGUUUUUACACAUUCUUUGGUGUGGAUCCUCUUAGGACUACUAAAGGGCGCGAAAUCAGUGGGAUCCCUUCAAACUAUCCCACAGGCGUUUAAACUGAGCCAUAUCCAUCUGGCUCUGUCCUUGUGAGUACUGAAUCACACAAUUUAUACUGAGUUACCUAUGUACCGUAUGAUGUUGCACUAGGUGCUUGUCAAUAUUUUUUCUCUACAGCUAUCCCAUUGUACUUUUUUGCAAAUUACCUCAUACCUUGUAACCAAGAGCCAAGAUACUCCAUCUAUUGUGUAUGAAUACUGCUAGUAAAAAGACAAUCGCCGAGACAGGUUUUUUUUUUGGGAAUUUGUAACGUUUAUUAAUUUUCACAAUGUACAAACACUUAACAUCAAAAGCAUAAAGCGAAUCAUCAGUCUUAAUUAAAUAUACUUGGAAAAAACAGACGUAAAGGAAAAAAAAGCACCACCAAUACAAGCGAGAAAAGCUCUUCGAGGAGAAAUAAUAUAAGAAAGGGGAUCUCACAUGUAGCUGCUUAACAAUAAUUAAAAAAAAAAACAAUGUCUGGGGAAAGGUAUGUCCUAUUUUAGUUUCUCAAUCUAAUCUAAUCAUUUUGUAUAGUCUGCAUAUUGGCACCAGCAAAUGCUUAUCUCCAUUUCCAUCUUUAAUUUGAAACGAGACGUUGUUCUUUCACUAAGAGCCAGCAUUGGACAAUAUCAGUCUUACAGUUUCUAAAUUGUAACAUUUUGGCUUGUGCCAAGAUGUGUAUAAUGAUCGUUGAAGAGAAGCCUAAAAUUUUUGUUGAAAGUUUAGUUGUAAUAAAAAGAAGCUGGAAUGAAAAUCUAUCGGUUUUCUUUUUUUUUUUUUUUUCUUACCCCUUGUCUGCCAGAAUAUUAUCCCCAGGUUUUUGUUCAAGUCUACAGUAUCACUAUACCAAGCAUCUUCUUUAGACUUCUCAUAUGGAGUGCAGAUUAUAUGGGUAAGGGUACAGGCUUCCAGUACUCCCUUUAUCAGGGGUACUCUCUACUCCACUUGGUUUAAUUUCAGAGCCGGACAUCUUGCGUUGUCUUGCGUUACAUCUUGCCAAGCCAAAUUAACCAAAGCUAACCAGUUAUCUGGACAAGAAACAGGGUCAUAUAAAAAUAAAUAAGUGGUAUUCUUAUCAACCCCUAAAAACAAAUUAACUUGAAUUUAAAAAAAAAUAAAACAUUUUUAAUUUAAAAUUCAUAGAAAUAACAGUUUUACAACACUGCAGUUGGCUCUGCAACCCAAAAAUAGCGUAAGUUUGAAAUCCAGGUUUAUUUUGCCUUUGAAUUUGAAGGUGAAUAAAACAAAAACCAAAAAGGUUAUGGUGGGGAAAAAAUGUGAUUGAAAACCCCUUCCACCUGACGUCUGUGGAUAGUCAAUACAGUGUUAAACAAAAAUCUGUACACCAGUCAAGCCAUAAGACUUGCUUUUCCAACAGAAAUCACAAAUCUGCAGUGAUGUUCCUACCGCAAAGGUUUCUUCGUGGGCAUAUUCGUUUAAUUUUGCCUCAUUCCAUUUUAAACAUGGAUUCCUUUGAGUCUGUGUUUGAUGUAUACAACAGCUUUGAAACACAACUUAGGAAAAGAUGCAGUCAGUGAACCACUCAUGGACAGCUGUUUGAUUGUUAACCCCUUCCCGACCAGGGACAUAUUGGGUACGUCUGACUAAAAACGGUCCUUAAAGACCGUGGACGUACCUAAAACGUCCGCGGCUAAUUAGAGAGCUGGAGUCAAUCAGACUCUCCCCUAGUCUUCAAUCCUUUAAGAAGGGCCUUAAAACCCAUCUCUUUAGGAAAGCUUAUGGCCUCCCAGAGUAACCUCUACCUUACAUACCUGUCUCUUGCUCUCUCCUAUAGGGCAGUGCUUUACUCUCUCCUCCAGCUCUGCUUCACUCCCACCCUAUUUGAUAUUUCCUGUCCUAACGUGUCUUAUACCCCACCUCCUAUAGACUGUAAGCUCGUUUGAGCAGGGUCCUCUUCGACCUAUUAUUCCUGUAAGUUUUCUUGUAAUUGUCCUAUUUAUAGUUACAUCCACCCCCCUCUCAUAAUAUUGUAAAGGACUACGGAAUCUGUUGGCGCUAUAUAAAUGGCAAUAAUAAUAAUCCAGUGAUACUAAAACAUGUAUUUUGCUUUUUACAUUUUUUGAGGGUGGGUAAUUAUGGAAUACUUGUUCCAACAGUCUGGUAUUAAAACAAGUCCGUGGAGACAAUGUUUGUGCAACACAGGAACAGUGAUGUUUAUGUAGUCACAGCCUGCUUUUUAAGAUUCUGGCAUAUAAUAAAUUAGGUUAUUUUUUCCCCUUCUUGUUUUUGUCAGUUAUUUAAGAGGGGUGUGCAUUAAGAAUGUGUUGUGUGUUUUAUUUUUAUGUUUUUGCGGGAUGGGUGAGUUUGGCUUAAUAUUGUUUAGUUAUGUUUUUAUAGUGCAAUAUGAAACUGUAUACAAGUACAAUAUUUACUACAUCAAGCUAUUUCAGUUUUACUUGAAUAAGAUAAUAUUGACAAUGACAUUUGGUUGCCUGAGAUGCCUUUGAUUUAAAGUCUGCUGUUGCAACAUUUUAUAAAUAUUAACAAAACCAGAAAACAGAUUAAAUCUAUUGUCUCUUAACCCAUUACUUCAUUUAUUUUUAUUUAUUUAUUUUUUAAAUUUUUGUCUCCCCUCUUUCCAGGUUAUCGAUAUCUCCAUGAUCUUGGCUGAAGCUAUUCGAAGGACCCAUAAUGGGGAGUCUGUGUCUUAUCUAUUCAGCCAUGUCCCAUUGUAGUCCCCACAAAAUGUUGAUACUUCCACUCCUGCUUAUCUACUUAUAUCCUUACUUCAAUUGGUAUAUAUUGAGGCCAUAUCUACGUCCUCCAUGCCCUAGUACAAAGGGACAAGUGUGUUAUGAUUAUCCAGUAGCUGUGGGGUUUCAUUUAUUUUGCAGUGAAGCCCCAUCCGUCCAGCACAUGACUUGAUGAAAACGGAGUAUCCAGCCAUAUAUUUUAUUCUGUUCUUUGUUUUUAUGAACGUCUGUGUAAAGUAAGAUAUUGUUAUAGAAGGGAUGACGGUCAAGGAAGGAUUGGACAGAUAUGAUUGUUGUGGUUUUUUGUUUUUGUUUUUUUAUAAAUAAAGACAGCCGCUUGCUAACGGCAGUACAAACUAAGGACUCUUGUCAAAAUAUUGCCACAUGCAAACACCAAGUUACUUGCUCACGCAUAUAACUAAUGCAACACUUCCCUGCUGUUCACAGGGGUGGUCGAGAUGUUGAGUGGUGCUGAAUUAGGUUGGCACUUAUUCGGUAAUUAAAG